GGAAAAAAAAAAGAAAUCAGACCUAGAUAUAUAACGAAAGUACACCAAAAUAGCAGGGCGUUGAACAAAGACAGUACAACAAGGAACACGAUAUUGCCUGCUGCAAAAAAACCAAUAUCAGAACAAAAUGAGGUGGUACAAACUGGGAACACGAUAUUGGCUGCCGCAACAAAAACCAUAACAGAACGAAAUGAGGUGGUACAAACUGGGAACACGAUAUUGGCUUCUACAACAAAAUCAAUAACAGAACAAAAUGAGUUGGCUCAAACUGUCCAGUUGGAAAAUACACCAACAAAUAAGAAAAUAACUCUUAAAAAAACGAAUAAAGGAAAAGGAAAGAAAAACGAUGACCCAGACCGAAAACGACGCGUACGAAGAUGGGCCAUUCGUCCAAUAAACCGGGAUCGAGCAAUAACUGGAUUCCAUCGAAAGGUUUUUGCAAAUAUAAAAAAAAUGAGUCAAGAACAAUUUUUUGUACAUACUAGAAUGUCCAAACCUAUGUUUGAUUGGUUGCUAUCAUUUACUAAGAGCUCUUUGAAUAAAAAAAGGCAAAGGGUUUUGGCAGAAGAAAGACUUGUAAUUACAUUAAACUAUUUAGCAUAUGGAACGCCUUUACAAUCAAUUGCCUUUAAACAUAAAUUGGGUAAAUCGACUAUUCGAGAAGUUGUUUUGAGUACGUGCAGUGUUUUGUGGAGCUUACUAUCGCCUAUAUACCUUAGUGAACCAACAACUUCCCAAUACGCUGACAUUGCUGACGACUUUAAAAACAAAUAUGAAAUUCCCAAUUGUGUAGGGUUAAUCGAUGGAAAACAUGUGUCCAUACGAUACCGUGUCAUGGAUAAGACAACCACUUACAACAAAAGUAAUUUGAGCAUGAUUUUAUUGGGAGUAUGUGAUGCAAAGUAUAAAUUUACGGCCGUUAGUGUUGAAAACUUCGAUAAAAAGAAUGAAAAUGCAAUAUUUCAACUUUCACCUUUUUGGAAUGCAUUGAUUUCGGAUAAUUUACCUUUGCCGUCAAGUAAACCAUUAUUUCCAUCGUCUUCACACUUUCCCCACUACUUUAUUGCCAAUACAUCGUUACCAUUAAGAAAAAACAUAAUGCGCCCCUAUGUGGGAACAGAUUUAACCACAGAAAAAACAAUUUUCAACUAUAAUAUUUCACGAGCUGGUUCAGUUAUUGAAAAUAGCUUUGGAUUAUUGACUGCACGUUGGAGAGUACUUUUAACAACAAUUGAAUUUUUACCGGAAAGUUGUAAGACAAUCAUAUUGGCAUGUGUUGUACUACAUAAUUAUGUUAUGGCCAAUGACGAUGAUCAGUUGUAUUGUCCCACUAACUUUAUAGAUCGGGAAGGGGAAGUUGGUAACAUAAUACUUGGCGAAUGGCGCAGCGAGCUUAAAAAUAAUGGGGAUCAACCACUGCCAUCUAUGGCGACAAAUAUGGGCAAAUCUUGCUUUGAAGCUAAUAAUUUAAGAGAUACAUUAGCAAAUUAUUUUUCAAAUGAAUCAAUAUUUUAUGAUAUCGAAUUAUAAUCUUUUAAACUAUGACCUAUAUAAUAACAGUAAAAAUAAAAAUUUUUAAUUCUACUAUACAAA